AGACCAUGGAGUUCGAGCAGUUCGACGUUGUUGUGGACGACACAGACCAUCAUUUUCGAGAUUCAAACGGUGGGAAGGGCUUCAACGAUUCAAGGAGUGCACUUUACAAAACCAUCAUGAAAGAGUGGAAGAUUCUCCAGAACAACUUGCCGGAAUCAAUCUACGUGAGGGUGUACGAGCGACGCAUUGACCUAAUGAGGGCUGUGAUCGUAGGCGCCGCGGGCACACCGUACCACGAUGGUCUCUUCUUCUUCGACAUUGUGUUCCCGUCGGAUUACCCGAACCACCCACCCAAGCUGUAUUACUACUCCUUCGGAUACAGACUAAACCCUAAUCUGUACAGCAACGGAACGGUGUGCCUGAGCCUGCUGAACACGUGGAUCGGGAGAAAGGCGGAGAGGUGGAACCCAUGCAAGUCCUCGAUCCUGCAAGUGUUGCUCUCGAUCCAAGCGCUGGUUCUGAACGAGAAACCCUUCUUCAACGAGCCUGGUAUGGAGGGUUUGUCGAUUCUCAUGAUAAACGUGGAGAAGAAAUCGUGCGAAUACAAUGAGUCCGCGUAUUUUCGCACUUGCAAAACCUCGUAUCAACUGCUUCGGAGGCCACCUCGGAACUUCGAAGGGUUCGUGAGUUCCUACUUUCGCGAGCGAGCGGAUCGCAUAAUCAAGGCGGCCAUUGAGUACAUGAGUGGGCGCGUGAGGAUCGGGUAUUACUCGUGCGAGUCGGCUCCGACUUCUUCGUCCGGGGUGCAUGUUUCGCGAGAUUUUAAGCGCUGGAUGAAGGAGUUUUCCCCUGACUUUGUUCAAGCGCUUCGACGGAACGGUGGUUCAGCUUCGAACCGGGCUGGAUUAACGAUUAUCGCGGAUCACUUUUAUGUCUGGCUGGAUAACGCCGAUGAAGAUCGCGUCGAUCCCGAGGAAUCCCCAAGCAAAGUCGGCGGCUUAUUCAAAACGAUGAUGGAUAAGAUAAAAAAGUCUUUUGGAUUCAAGAAAACUGGAAAAAAGAAUGAAGUGAAGGGGAUGGUAUAG